AUGACGUUUCCCAAUUGUCCUGAUUACAUUCCAGGCUCACACCGUCGAGAUCCCAAAUGUGCAUUGUCCAUGCAAACAAUUGGACCACAAAAAUUACAGCGACGGUCUUUGGAAGAAGAAGGACAGUCCAUGGACGUGAAAAAGGAGGAGCUGCAACAAGAUUUGCAAUCGAUGGUGGUCCUGCUAUCCCCUGCACAUGAAGAAACGGCAACGAUGCAGUUAAUUCCAAGUAAGGAAGAAUGUUUGGCACUGGUGAGACAAAGUCGCAAGCGUUUACAUAUGGAUGAGAAUUUUCCAGGGAAUGAAAAUCUGCUCAUGUUGGCGAACAAUUCAGCAGUGAAAGUGUCACCUGACGCGGUUGAUCCGUUUGCAGCAGAGAUUGAGAAAAUGCCGACAAGCUCUGUAACGUAUCAAGAGGACGGAGAUGGAUUAUCCAGUAGUGACACUAGUAGAUCUCAGUAUAUGGAGGCAGUUUCGUUGCAGACGAUGGCCCGUGCGGCGAGUGAGGUGAUAGAAGAUCAAACUGUUUGUGCGCGGUACGAAGAUGCAGCUCAUCAAUUACAUGAAUGGGGAGAACGACGGAUGAUUCAACAACAACAGCAGCAGCAGCAAUUGCAAUCGCAAGCAAAUCCUGCGACUACAGAAGGAGGUGACUGCUUGUUACCUUCACUGUCCAUGUCUUUAGCUGAAAUCUCACCUUAUGCGAUGGAACUUGCAGCUCGCAACAGUUUGCCCAAGAAACGGUCGAGUCUUUCGAAAUUGUCCAAGAAGUUGAUGCAUGACUGGUUUGAGCAUAAUUUGCAUCAUCCAUAUCCGACGGAAGAGGAGAAGGAAUGGCUUGCUCGACAAGGUGGUAUCACGUUGGAGCAGGUGAACAACUGGUUUAUCAAUACUCGUGGUCGAAAGUGGAAGCCUAUGCUUAACCGACUCAUGGCUGAGAAACAGGCAGGAGACUGCAAAUUGUACGACCAAAUGGUGGAGAAGAUAGAGGAGCCCUAUCACAAGUUCUAG